AAUUCCCUUAUUGAUUGACAAAUUCCCUUAUUGCCGGAAAGGAGUAUGAAGUUCAAGCGGCUGUCAUACAAUCAGAUAAUUCCAUCGAACUAGCGCAGGACUCUAUAACAGUUGGAGUGAUGAAAAAAGGAUUCCAAGCCUAUAUCAUUCCUACAUCGGUUAAAAUAGGAUUAAACAAACCGGCUAUAUUUGAAGUCUUCAUUCAAGACUUUGAUAACAACUGUGAACCACUUGACAUAAUUUGGGAAUGUACUGCAAAUGAUGGAGAAAAUUGUCCAACAACUGAAAGUGUCAAUUCGACAAAAUUCGAAUUUAUUUUCAAAACUCAAGGAAGCUAUGAAAUAUCAGCGACAUUAAAACUAGGAGAACUAACUAGAUCAAUCAGAGCUGAAGUCACAGUCGAUCCAACCGUCUAUUUAAGUUUUGAAUUCUCGAAUAUUCCCAAUUUAAUUCCACCAGCAGGCCAGGAACUUCAAUUUAGUGUGUUAAUGAUUGAUUUGAUUCCAAAUUGUAAGGCUGGCUGGUCAACUGCCCAAGAGGAAGGAUUUGUGUAUAUUCCUCCAGAGGAAAUUGGAGAUGGCUUCGGAACAGUCGAAAUCAGAGAUUUAGAAAAGGAAUAUUUAUCAGAAAUUGCAGAUUACGGCAAUUCAACCAGCAACAAGGAAAUUGUUUUAAAUAUUCCAAUGGCUUCUGGGAAGUGGCAAGGUCUUAAAGGAGACUUAAAUUAUAAAUUUCGACUCGAUACUGUUUGCCCAGGGCCAUAUGAUCCGAAUGAUGUUGAAAGUUCAAAGAAAAAAGUUGUCAGUUCAUUUGAGUUUGUAAUUUACACUAAUUCACCACCAACGGGGGGAGAUUUACACGUUAAGCCAUUGAGCGGUAAAGCUCUUCAAACUGUUUUUGAGAUAUCUUCUGAAAGUGCAAAGGACUUAUUGCUGGAUACCCCCCUAAGCUAUGAAUUUCUUAUUCAAAUUGGACAGUACAAUAUUAGUUUGGGAAAAUUUUAUGAAUUUAAAUCCUUAGAUACUCAACUUCCUUACUCAGAACCAGAAGUGCAAAUAAUGUCUCGUGUUUGUGACAUUCGGACUGCAUGUAGCAUUAAUUUAGGACCAAGCGUUAAAGUAGACCCGGUUCAAUACACUCCAGAAGAAAUCGAAAUGCUAGAAAAUCGCAUAAAAGAAGCUUUCCAAAGGACAGAUUUCAGUGAAGGCCAAAAUUUAAUGAUCAUCGCUGGAAUCACGUACAAGAAUUCUCCAAAUAACCAAGAAGCUUUCGAAAACUUUAAAACCUUUGCUUCAAAUUUGUUGCGAAAAGAAAUCGACAGACAAUACGAAAGCCCCACAGAGAAAUAUUAUAUUUCCAAAGAAGAUAUUGUCAAUUUUAUAGCACAAACUAAAAUUAAUUUCGAAAUACUCGAUAUUAAGGAUCCGGAACUAUUGGAAAAACUACUCGAUCUCCUCGAUUUGGCAGCUGAAGAGAACACCGAUGGAACAUCGGCUAAUAUUGAAAGUUUUCGGCGAAAAAGACGUGAUCUCGAUUCAGAUGCUAUGCUCCUGCCUCUAGAAGGAAGAUCAAUAAUCGAUGCUGCCUAUGUUCGAAUGAAUUUGAAUUUAAUUGAGAAAAUAAUGCAAUCGUACAAGGAUCAGAGUGGAAAUAUGCAAAAGGAAAAGUCUAAGAUUGCUCAGAAAAUUCCUUUAUUAGCUAUGAAAAUGUGUAACAGUGAUCUUAUAACAAAGGAGAGCAUUUACUCGUCAGUAGCUUCUAUCGAUGUUGACAAAAUGACCGGUAAUCAUUUGGUAGAAAAAAGUUUCACCAUUCCCAAUUAUUUUACCAAGGAAACAGGACAAUUUCAAAUAAAAAUGCCCUCAUUGAAAUCUCGAGUUAAAUACUAUUGUGCAGCCUUUAUACAGUUUCCAGAGGACUAUUUCGAUGGAGACCAGGAAGUCACCUACAAACUACAAAUAAUUGAUAUAGCAACAUCUUCACAAAUCAAAGAGAUUGAAAAACCAAGUGAUAGAGUUAUAGUUAAUUUCAAAAUUUCCAAAUCUAAUCAAAACCAUGAUAUUUGCUUAAUGCGGAAUAUGGAAGAAUGGUUACCAGAAUUUUGUUCAACGAAGAAAUUGACAGAUUUUCAAAUUGUUUGCGAAUGUCGAAACUUCGGAUAUGUGAAAACUGGCAACAGUAAGAAUUACAUUUCAGAAGAAGUAAUUACAGUUGAGCCUUUGACUGUGAAGCCAUUUACUAGUGGCAUAUCUCCGCUGAACGAUAAUAUAAUCAAUAAACCCACAACAAGUGUGACUAAAUAUCCUUCAAGCCCUCGACCAAAUCCACCAACGCCAGCAACAACGCAAGCUACUUCACAGUCUACUAUAAAUACAAAAGAUAAAGACUCAGAGGAACGUACAGCAACAGCCUCAACAUUAGGGUAUGUUAUUCCUCUUGUUGGUCUUUUACUCAUCUUGACCGUCAUUGGAGGAGUCAUUGUCUAUAAGAAAAGGAGAACUAUGUUAGGAAGUAGUCUACAAGGAUUUGAUAUAAUGGAAACAUAUCCAAGAGUGCCUAGACCUGGUCUUAAAUAUGCAAAGUUUUAUGAUGAACAUUUAAUGACUGGAAACUUUAAUAAUGCUUCAGUAUCCUGACGGAAAUGAUAAG